AUGGCAAUAUCUGGUAUGCCUCCACCAGCAGAAUCUACCCCUUUAUUAUACCAAUACAAUCAGCAACCUCUCAACUCACAACCCCGUCUAUCUUAUUAUCGACCGGACGAUGAUCACCAGCCUCUGUCGCACAAGGAUAUCUCUGGCAACAAUGCUCACACACAAUUCUGUGCACUGACGGGCUGUCCACCUUCCAAUGCUGGGCCUAAGAACAAGAUCAGCAUACCGAAAAAAUCCCUCUAUGGCCGUGUGGUGUCACAACUCUCAUCUCAGCGUCGUGCCUAUAACUUCAGUGCCUCGUUGAACAAUCUGCUACUAUUGUCGCAAGUCGUCCUUGGUGCGGCUCUUACCGCGCUCGGUGCCUCUGCAUCUUCCCACAUUUUGAUCACCAUCUUCGGAGCCACAAACACUAUCAUCGCAGGACUCGUCGCUUAUCUCAAAUCACGUGGUCAGCCCAUGCGAGCACGCAUGUAUCGUGACGACUUAGAGAGACUGGUCGAUGAGAUCGAGAACUCCGAAGUUAUGUGGCGCGGCAUUAGCGAAGGUAUACAUGGCUACGACGAGAUCGAUACAGACGAAGUCACUGUUCGAUCCGAGGUAGCACGACUGACACGUCUCUACGAUCGAGCUAUUCGCUUGAACGGCAUGAACAACCCAGACAUGUACAUGGCUGGCGCAGGUGGCUUCGACGGCAAUGCUGGUGGUGGCGCUCGACCUAGUAGGGCAAUGGCCGCAGGAGCACCAGCUCCUCUACCAAUUGCUGCCCCAGCGCUACCACAAGCAGCUGGACAACCCAGUGCUCCCGCAGCACCAGCAGCGGAAAAUCCCGAAGACGCAGCGCCCGCCACAAAAGCCGCCGUGAAGAAAGAGGACGAAACGGCCAAGGAGGAAAGCAAAGCGGAGGACAAGAGCGAGGGUAAAAAACCUGCUACAGACGGCACCUCCGACGACCCUAGCGAACACAACACGCCAUCGCCAUCAUCAUCCUCCAAAUCAAACACAGCACCACCACCCACACGCCCAGCAAUACCGGCACAUUCGCAAUCUCAACCUCCGCCAACAGUGCCACAUUUACUAGACGAUCCCGACGCUUCACCCGCCACGGCAGCCAGGCUAAAACCGAAACGGACGCGAUCCGACAAACCACAGAAUGCGAAUGGUGGUGGUGUUGAGAAGGUUGCAGGAGACGAUGAGGACCAUACAUGA